AUGGGACCGAAACGUGUUGAGCACCCGGAAAAGUUCCCUCAUUCAUUAUCUCUUUACGAACUGCAUGGCGAAGAUUGCAAAGCUUUUCUUGUCAUGGAUUUUAUAACGAACAUCUGCGCUCGAAGUCCGCAAGAACAAAGUGAAGCACGUUUUCUCUAUGCCAAAGGUUGGUGUGGAUUACGUCUAUAUUUGAACGACAUGAAUCAACAUAAGACAAUUGAAGAAAUUCAUUCGAUGUUAUUUAAGGAAAUAACAGAUAUCAGUGAAAAAGCAUCAAUCUAUCAUGAAAUUGGUUCGACUAAAGACAGACGAGAUGAAUAUAACCAAAUAAUUGAAUUUUACAAUGAAUCACUCGAAAUUGAGCAGCAAAGCACACCUUUCGAUGAAUACAAUGUGGCUAAUGCAUACAAUAACAUCAGCAUUGCUUAUGAUAACUUGAAUGAUUAUUCUCGAUUAUUUCAUUACCAUGAAAAGGAACUUGGAAUUCAUCAACAGGAGCAAUGUCCUGAUCUGUCUAUUUUUAAUCGAUCGGCGAUCUACAACAAUAUCAGUGAACAACCGUAA